UAAAAGUUCAGCCGGUCGCCUCAACGCUUCACAAGAGAAUGAGAAAAAAUAUACGUCGUUUAAUCUGAAAACAGCUGGACGGAGUAAUUAUUUAUCCUUAAAGGUUUCUUCUAGCCAAGCAAAAUGGCCACUUCGUCUAGCGCCAGACUCAGUAAAAGUGUGAAACAGCAGUACUUGGAGCUCCCUCAGGGAGACAAGGUCCAGGCCAUGUACAUCUGGAUUGACGGGACAGGGGAAGGGCUGCGCUGCAAGACGAGGACUCUGGAUUCGGAACCUAAAACCAUCGAAGAUCUCCCAGAGUGGAAUUUUGAUGGCUCAAGUACUUACCAGUCUGAAGGCUCCAACAGUGACAUGUACCUCCUCCCCAAGGCCAUUUUCCGAGAUCCGUUUAGAAAGGACCCCAACAAGCUGGUUCUGUGUGAAGUGUUUAAAUACAACCGCAAACCUGCAGAAACAAACCUCCGUCAGACAUGUAGGAAGGUCAUGGACAUGGUGGAAAACCAGCAUCCGUGGUUCGGCAUGGAGCAGGAGUAUACGAUUCUCGGCACAGACGGUCAUCCUUUUGGUUGGCCCUCAAACGGCUUUCCUGGACCACAAGGUCCGUACUACUGUGGCGUUGGAGCAGAUAAAGCCUAUGGAAGAGACAUCGUGGAGGCCCAUUACAGGGCCUGUCUGUAUGCUGGGGUUGAGAUCUGUGGCACCAAUGCUGAAGUUAUGCCUGCACAGUGGGAGUUCCAGGUGGGUCCGUGUGAAGGCAUCAGCAUGGGAGACCAUCUUUGGAUCGCUCGCUUCAUCCUGCAUAGGGUGUGUGAAGACUUUGGUGUGGUCGUCUCGUUCGACCCCAAGCCCAUCUCAGGAAACUGGAACGGCGCCGGGUGUCACACUAACUUCAGCACCAAGCAGAUGCGAGAGGAAGGGGGUCUGAGGCACAUAGAGGAAGCGAUCGAGAAGCUCGGCAAGAGGCAUCAUUACCACAUUCGCGUCUACGAUCCCAAAGGCGGUCGGGACAACGCCAGACGCCUGACCGGCCACCACGAGACCUCCAACAUCCACGAGUUCUCCGCUGGCGUCGCUAACCGUGGUGCUAGCAUCCGCAUCCCACGUUCUGUGGGCCAAGACAAGCGAGGCUACUUCGAAGACCGCCGGCCGUCGGCCAACUGCGACCCGUACGCCGUGACGGAAGCCAUUAUUCGCACGUGUCUCCUGAGCGAAGAAGGGGAGGAGCCUGUGGAAUACAACUGAACUGGGGGCCAGGAAGCCCCGCCCACCUCACUGCCUCUAAUGGGCCAGUCCUUACGGGGGUUGCAGUAUGCAUUUUGUUCGUACUGUAAUUUGUGUGGUUGUACUUAAAAUUUGUAUGUAGUUGAUUGGUCAAUGUUAUAUAAGAGAGAGACUAGAUAGAACUCUUCCAGGGGAAAAAACAAAACAAAAAAACAAAAUGUUGGGUCAGUUGGUCACGAAGGUUUUAGAGUUCAUACUGCAAGUUUGUUUUUGUUUUAAUAAGUCCUUUACUUCCAUUGGCUGGAUAAGAUGUAGAGCAAUAGAGGGUAGACACAAGAAUACUGCACCACUUGUAAAACUAGCACCUAGUUAUUUUUGUACCUGUAACUUGUGGCCCUCUGUUGGACUAAAUGCAUCUACCAUGGUUUUUAUUAACUGAUUACGAGUUUUAUGCCUCGUAAUGACAAUGACACAUUAUUGUAAUAAGAGUGAAGUUACCACAUUCUACUCCAGUUUUGGAAUUAGAUUACUGGCUUGUAACCUAGCUCUUACAAGAUACACAUGCACUGGUGAAAUCUAAAGUUUAUUUGACUCCCUCAUCAUUCCUAUUAUUGCCUAAUGAAAGGCUUAGUUUUCUAAACUCCUACAGUCUGAUUUUAUUACAGAAUAAGCUGCUUGACUUUUUUAACAAUCACCAACAUUAAAACAUUUGUAUUUUUCCCAAA